AACUGAGAGUUUUGUCGAAAAAGUUAUACACAGUUUGGAUUUGUAUGGAAGUUUUUAAUCUGAUAACCGCACAUUUAAUAUUAAAUAGUAUGAGCGGUUAGUGUUUUUUUAUCAACACAGAAAUUAGAUAUCAAAAAAGAAACAAGUAAUCAAGAAAUUGAAGACGAAUAAAUUCCCGAAGCGAACCUGUUACUGACUAAAUGGCGAAGCCAUCUUAUUGGUUCACACCGAGAGCAACCCGCUAUAAGUUAUUGUCGACACGAAUUGAAGUGAAAACAAACAGUUUCAGCAGCUAAAUAGCAAAAAUAUUUUCCUUUCUCGUCGAAACUUUGAAAGAACCCUGCUGAUACAGACGCCAGUGUCUUGAUUUAGAACCAAAGUAUUUGCUCUUUGACUGUUUAGCAUCAAUUAUUCAUCUCAGUUUUGAUAAUUUAUCGCCUUUCUUUUCCCGCCCGAGAGAAAGGAAAUCUGUUCGAAGAAACUUUAUAAAAUGUAGAAGACAAGUGUGACAAAAAAAUUCAGCAGAACUAGAAAUUGAGGCUUCAAAUACAAUUACAAAGGCUUUGGAAAGUUCAUUUCAGCAGAUGAGAUAAUCCGCAGCUCCCGAGCAGAAAUGCGGAGAGAGCAAUACACCUUAUUCAAGUUGACAUGACUAAAGGCAAAGAAGCAGGUCGGAUUCAAGUUUACGUCCGCGUAAGGCCGUUCACUGAUAAAGAGAAGGAGCGAAAAGAACCGAACGCGGUACAAAUACACCACGAUCACUCACUGAUUCGUGUACUUGAUCCAAGAAGAGAGACAAACUACUUUUUUGAUGGCGUGUUUGGACCGGAGGCUUCUAAUCAUGAGCUUUACCUCAAGGUGGGAAGACCUUUGGUUUACGCGGCACUGAAUGGCUACAAGGGAACACUGCUAACCUAUGGGCAGACCGGCACAGGCAAGACAUACACGCUGCUAUCAGAUGAUGGCGUCACUACAAGCGUCGUUGGCCACGCAUUUGAGAGGAUCAGAGAUGACGAGAUACACAGCUAUAAGGUCACGUGCUCAUUCCUGCAAGUUUAUCAGGAGAAGGUCUACGAUUUGCUCAACACGCGUUUUACAGCGGAGCUUCCUGUCCGAGAGCACCCCAAGCGAGGUGUGUACGUCGCUAACCUACUGCAAAACGAGGUAAAGAAGGCAGACGAUGUCCUCGCUCUGUUGGAGUUCGGCAAGAGACAACUUGUCAUGGCUGACACCAAGAUGGUACGGCACUCAAGCAGGUCACAUUCCAUCAUGCAGUUAAUUAUUGAAAGACGUCUAAAGGCUCAUAUCUGUAUAGAGAAAGCUGCGGGAGUAAAGGGACCGACGUCACCAGAGAGUGUACAUGAAUCGAUCAUGGCUGUAGACGAGACGAUUAACAAUCUCUUAAAGGAACUGAAGCAGGACAGGAAAAGUAUGCACAGGAGAGAGCGUGAAUGCUUGAAAGAGCUGAUGGAAAAGGAGAUGGACGACAAGCACUCUUUCCAAGGUGACGUCAUAGUCAAAGGGAAAAUCAACCUUUGUGACCUGGCAGGAAGCGAGAGGCUGACAAAAACAAAAGCAGAGGGAGUCCGUCUUACGGAGGCAAAAUACCUAAAUACGUCGCUACUAGAACUAGGGAAUGUGAUUCAUGCGUUGGCGCGGGGCAAUAAGAGACACGUCCCGUAUCGCAACUCGACUCUCACUCGUCUACUACAGGACUGCCUUGGAGACAACGGAAAGACCAACUUCAUCGUGUGCAUUGCGCCGUCUCUUAGCGAAGUGAACGAGACCAAAUGCAGUCUGAACUUCGGUCUACGAGCGAUGAGGAUAAUCAACGUAGCGAGACUUAACGUUGAGGUGGACUACAAGGUACUGGCAGAAAGGCUGGCCAAAAAGCUGGAAGACCAAGACCGUAGCCACAAAUUGGAGAAGCUUGAGUAUCUGCGUGAGAUUCAGCGCCUGAAUACGGCGAAGACGUCAUACGAGGAGAACGAACAUGUGGUCAGCGGAGACACGGACACGUUAGUGUCUGUGAUCCAGAACUUAUCCAAGAGCGUACAGCGUGAGAAAGAAGAAAAGUUCAGCUUGCAGUCGGAGCUGUCGUGCCUCAAGAGACAAGCGUCAAUUUCCCCCACAUCCAACGCGCCCGAGAUCGAGGCUUUAUUCCUUGCGGAACUUAUGUCCAUGCAACUGCUGUGUCAUCUGCACCAGAGCGAGGCGGCGUGGGACGCCCUUAGACAUAGUGACCUACCCGCCACGGUGAAGGAUUACAUGACGUCCCAUAGCACGCAGGAGGGUGUGUUACUGAGUACAGGCUAUAUGCUACAGCUCAUCGAUACAUGCCUUGGCUUCACCGACGAAGACAAAGAUAUUUCCAUGUUGUCGCCAACCAAGGCCUUCCAACACGAUGACAGUGAAAGCAGUAAGAAGAGCCAGCAAGGAGAGCCAGUGAGUCCCAAGAAGCAGCACAGCUACAUGCUGGGAGUGACCGGAGGGAUCCGCAAGAUGAUUGGAAGACUGGUGGGCAAGGAACAUAAGACGCUAGAACACGUGGAGGAGGAGACGGAGGAAGUGCAGCAUACCCUUCAAUCAACACAACCCGACAAGGUGCGGGAUCAGCGCCCUGCUCCAAGUGGGCCCCAUGAGACCAGCACAAAACGACUUCUCGCAGGUCUGUCUCACUCCAAGCACAAGUUGGAGAAGCAAAUAGCAAACCUGCUACUUUCAGCAUUUGGCGAACAGCUAGUCGUUAACCAAGCAACUUCGCCACAAUGGGGUAUCCUUGGAAGAAAGCUAAGUGAGCUGAUCAUGUUCAAGAGAAAUAACAUGAUAGGAAUCAGUGAUGAGAUGUGGGCAAAUUAUGAGGACAUGGCGUCGAUGCUUGAGACCUGUUUUAAGUAUAUUCUGAUAGACAAGGCUCUCUUAGCGUCCAUGGUUGUCAUAGAACGAAUGGAAAAAGAGUCCAAACCACAAUCGACUAGAGUGCAAGUCAAAGUGGGCUCUCCUAAAAAAGAAAUCUCCAGACCAGUCAAACAAGAAGAGCAGAAUACACAGGUACAAACCAAAGUGGAGGUUUCCGAGUCAAAGAAAGCAGAUGAACAAGAAAUAGGAAAGCAAUCGGAGGCAGCCGUUAAAGAUAUAGAACCUUUAAAGGAAAAUAAGUCGUAUCUUGAGCGUGAGAUUGGUGAUGUUUGUGACGAUACUUCCAGGCUCGAGACAGAGCUUUUUGCAACGAUGGAAGAGAAGACGAGACUGGAGGACGAGCUUGGGGUCAUGAAGGAUUAUGUCAACAGGUUGAAGGUAGAGAUGUUCCAUCUAAAGAUAGAGCGCGGAAAUCUAGAGAGUGAGGUGCGCAAGACGACCACAGCGAUCCUAUCUCUACCUGAUCCAGGUAUACAUCCCGAUGAACAACACAGCGAGGAGAACACUCCAGUAGAGGGGCACAGGAAGUUUGGAGAGCUAUCGGAUGUACCCGAGGCGUCACAAGAAAGCGUGAGUGUCGACAGCGAGAAUGGAUCUCACAUAUCGGAUACAGCUGAAGCCAAGGAAAGCGAGUACAGAAACUGCCUUGCAAGUAUGUCCAAGAUGUACAAUAUUUUACCUAACCAGGAUGAAGACACGCUAACGGAGGGUGAGGCAUCGGAUGGGAAAGAAGAUCCGAGCUUGUCAGACCAGAACAUUGAAGACAGUGAUGAUGAUGAUAUUAUUAUUAUUACCAAGAUUGCACAGGAAAUCAGGGAUUACCAUUCAGCUGCCAAUAGAUCACGGUCCUUGUCAAGAGAGGUCAGCAGUGAAUCUGGAGACAGCGACAGUAAGAGUAAACGUUCCAAGGACUCAGUUAUCAAGAAAAACAUUGAGUCGAAAGACUUACAAGUGGCAUAUGAUGAUCUUGAAGACGAGCUUUAUAAUGUUGGAGAGGAGCUCAGCAAAGCACAGAAGAUAAUUCUGGAACUUGAAGCACAACUGAAGGAAGAAAAAGAUAACUGCGAGCAAGUGCGAAAAGUUUACCUGGAGUUUAAAGACAAGAACUACGUCCUUGAAGGCAAGGUUGCCAUUCUUAGAGACGAGCUCGAAAAAGCAUUGCGCGAGAAUUCGUUCCUUAAGGAGUACAGCCGCAGCGACGUGCUUGAGAUGUCGAUGGGUCAAGUAAGACAUCAAGCGAAUGUUCCAGGUGGAGCCAAAGGAUCCAAGAGGUUUGACCUGAACAGACGCCAGUACACGCAGACUGGGCAACGUGAGGCGCAACUCAUCAAACUAUUAGAGGAGAAUGCGGAACUUGAGUUAAAACUCAAGACGGAAGUGCAAAAGCGUGAGAGCUUGGAGCAACAGGCGAAGGAGAAGGAAAUAAAGUCCUCCACAUUGGAUUUAGCGGUGAUGGAAAAACAAGAGGAAAAGAGGGCGUUACAGGAGGAAAUCACUUUGCUUCAAAGACAGAAGGCAUUGAUGGACAACGAACUGUUGGGGAAGAAAGAAGUUGCGGCAAUAGUUACGACUGAGCUCGAGCUGUACGUACAAGAAACGGAACGUCUAGAGAAUGAGUUGAAGCUAUGUACAGAUAUUAGGGCAAAACUCGAAUACGAGAACAAACAGCUACGCAUGGACUUUGAGAAGGUGGAGGAAGAAGUAGAGAAAUGGAAGCAAAAUAAUAUGAAACUGACUGCAACUCGUGCGAGGGAGGAACAACAAAGGGCUAAAAGUACCGCUAUGCAAAGAAAUCUACAAAUGGUGUUUGUAGACGAUGAUAUUAUGGAGGAUAGCGACAGCGAAGAAUUGAAGUUAUUGGUCGAUAAGCUUCAACAUGAGGUGACCACCAUGACUCAGUAUCAGGAAACUCUAGAAAAAGACUAUACAGGAAUCAAAGAUGAGUUGACCAAGGUAAAGCAGGAUCUACGAAUGCGUGACGAGAGAAUAGCGACACUAGAAAAGGGUACAAGUACUGAUCCAAGGUCACCAUCAGAACUGAAAUCACCCGACAAUUCACAGGUAAAAACAGGCGAUAGUAAACAAGGGCUAUUAAGUCAGAGUAUAGAACAGCUUGAAGAUAAAAUUCGUGAAUUGAAGCAAGAAAACAGUGAUCUACGACAACUCCUGGACAAGGCAGAAGAAAAAAUACGAAUUUACGAAAUCGAUCUUGAAAAGGCGAUGACGAAGAUUGCUAGUCUAAAAGAGGAAGCGUUAUCUAGCAUCGGCGAGAAUAAUGAAAUUAGCAGCAAUAUUGGUACUGGGGAUGAGCUCGAAUCAGCUAUUAAAGCAGCCCAGAAAUUAAAAGAAGAACUUAUCGAUAAGGAAGCCGAGAAAGGAUUACUCUACGACGAGCUUGACUGUCUUCAGAAGAGAAAAGCUGAGUUGGAGAAAUCCUUAGAAGAAUCGAAAGACAAGAACAGAGAUUUAGAAACGAAGGUAGAAGAAGCAAGAAAAACAAUGCGCAACGAAAAGUCCGUAAAAGAGCUGGCAGACAAAAAUCAAUCGCUAACCCAGAAGCUGAAAGCUUGUGAAGAUGCUCUUCAAGGAGCGAAGAAGAAACUGCAGAAAGAACAAGAAAAAAUGAAGGCAAUGGAAGAUGACUUAGUCGAAACGUCUAGCAUAAAGCUCAAAACCGAGUUCGAACUACGAAGUGCCGAGGGUUAUCUAGACAAAGCAAGAAGUGAUUUAGAGCAAAGUGAAUCUGAGAGAAAAAUGCUUGCUGCCGAGUUGAAGGAGAAAAUCGAGCGCACAGCCAACUUGGAAAUACAGUUGAUGGAGUUCAGGUGUACCAAUGAAUGCAUCAAGAAUGAAAUAGAGCAACUACGGGAACAGAAGAGGCAGGAUUCCCAUCAGUCCAACGAGAUUAACAUAUGCAAAGAGACUCUAGAGAAGAGGCUCCAGGAGGCAUUCAAAGAGAACAACCAACUUCUGAGUGAGGUCCAGGAUCAGAGGGGAAAGAACAAAGAGCUUGAAAAUAAAUUACAGAUAGCUUUUGAGAGUAAAGAAAAAGCAGAUGAAGAGUUAGAGCGACUCAGGAAACGUGCACAGCAGCUAGAAGGUGAAUUAGAAAGUGCAGCAAAUGAGAAGAAAGAGUUAGAAGGAAAAUCCAAACGUUUAGAGGAUCUGAAGAAAAAGAUGGAGGAGGACGUGUGGAAGCUAAGAUCAAAAAUCAACGUACUACAAAGUGAUCUCGGGAAGAUUGAGAAGCAGCAACAGGAGGCCCAGAAAAAGAGCAGCUCGCUAGAGAAGGAAAUCAAACGAAAGUCUAAAGAGUUGGACAUCAAACAACGGGAGAAUCGAAAACUUAGGAAAGAGAUGAGUUCUAAAGAUGAAAAGAAUACUACGCAAGAGGGUAACACUUGUGACGAAGUGGAUGUGAAGCGGUUGAAAGAGAAGGUAGUUUACCUUGAGCGGCAGAACUCUAGCCUCUCGAUUAAAGUGGCUAGGGCAGAGGCGCAAGGAAAACGAGAUGAAAGCCUCAAAAUGGAUGUAGACGGAGGUGAGGAGAAAAGAGUUAAAUUUAAGGAACCUGAGAAAGACCUUCCAAUCCUCGAGCAAAUUGGAUGGGAUUUUGAAAAUCACACGAUUGUGGACGCAUCAAACGAGAGCAAGAAAGAUGAGCAAAACAAAAGUACGGAGGCUAAUCACUACGAGAACCAGUUAGAAUUUGAAAAGCGACAAAGAGUCCUUGAAGAAGUAGGGUGGGAUUUCAACGCUGAUGAUGUAAAGACGCAUGAACAUACUCAAGAAGGCAAAACAAUAGAAAACAGCGUCGACCUUCAAGCAGGAAUGGCACAAGUUACAAAAGAAAAGCUCAUACUAGAAAGUCAAACGUCUCGCCUAUUGGAAUCAAAGACGUCUUAUCUCACAAGAGAGCAAAUGAAACUGCAGUACGCAUUGUCAAAAGCACAUGAAGAGAAUCAGAGGCUAAUAAAGAGGCUAGAAGAGUCUAAUGAUAGUCUGGAAACAGCAAAGAUUCGUGUUACAUUAUCAGAGGAAGUGGCUAAAGCUAGAUCUGACACUCGCCAGAUGGCAACACAAACAGAAGGGAUUAGCAGUUCGAAGAAACGCGAAGAAGACACUUCUUCCUACUUAACGCUUGAGACAAUUCCAGAGGAGGCUAAUAGUAAGGAGGCAAACAGUAGUACACCAAAGCUCAAGAACAGUGAGAAAGCAGGUACCAAUUCUAAAUCCAUCCUUGUCCUAACAAGAGAGAAGAAGCAGGCGAUGAAGGAGCUCGAUACACUUAGACGUCAACAUGAAGUGGUCAAGAAUGAACUCUCAGACAAGACAGCCGAGAUACAAAGACUUGAAGCCGAGAGCAAAAUGAUAAGCUCAUCGCACGAGUCUGAGAAAGACGCACUCUUAUCGGAAAUGAAAACAGUAAAGGAGGAGUGCGCCGCAGUUAAAAGCAAACUAAUGGAAUUGAAUGAGUACCAAGAACACAUGGAUGUUUUGAAACAGAAAAACACCGAGGUGGAGAAACUGGUGACGGAGUUAGAGAAUGAUUUGAUUCGACAGACCAAAGAAAAAAAUGAUUUGAGGAACGAGUUGCUGAAAAGCCAGAAUGAAGUACAAAGGCUGAAAAAUAUCGAAAACGAGCUGCUAGCGAUGCGCAACGAGAAUAAGCAGUUGGCACAGGUCACCGAAAAAAUGGGAAGUAAGUUAGAGGAAUACAAGAUGCAUAACAAGGAGCUACAAGAAAGACUGAACAAGCGUAAGAACUCGCUCCAAUCGAAAAUAAAACCUCCUGGCGCAAAGAAAAAGACUACAGACAUUAUAGAUAAAAAAUCAGAACCCAUGAGUAUUAGAGGCGGUGGUGGGUUACGUAAAGACAAGAAAAACCAAGAGCUCGUUGAAGAAAAGACUGAGCAAUCUUCGGAGCAAUCAGCUGCACAAAUAUUGACAGCUGAGGACGCAGACAGCGACUUCACCAAAAGGGAUGGCACAUCAUCUCCAGUAAUAUGUUCGGAUACAGAAGGCAGAGAUCAGGACAACAUACAAACUGUGCUCGAAGAAACAGUGAAAGGUGAACAAACAGACUGCGCUACAAAUGUGGAGAAGUCAGUAAACGAGAACGUUGAAAAGCUGAAUGAGGACUGUGCUGAUGACAAAGGGUCUCAGCGUAAAGAAGAGGUGAAGGGUGGAGCGUAUGUCGACAUGACAGCGGCUGCCUGUGACGUUAAGAGUGAUCCUGUGAAUUGCACGGAAGAUGUCGUGGAAAGACAGGUUGACGCAUGCAGCAAAAAUGAAAGUCACGAUAAAAACAGCGGAGUAGUCAAUUCGGAAUAUCCAAGCGGUGCUCGGCACAAAGAAGAAGAAAUACCUGAAGAAACAAACAUGAAUGUACGAGAUAAAGAAGAGGAUAAAGAAUGGGAGUCUGUGGAAGAACGAGAACUGGAAGAAAAACUCGGAAAUAUCCUGACGAAAAGACAAGCAAUGGAAUCUGAGGUGCAUUCCAUGAUGAACGAGAUGACUCAUCUAAGAAGAAAGAUCGAGGCUGAAAGGGCUGAAAACUCCACACGCGAAGAGAGCCUUCAACAACUGAAGGAAGAAUUGGAGGAGGUCAGAAUGAAAGGAGAUGCAGAUGAAGCUGAAAAGACUGCGCUUGAGGAGAUCGUUCUAAACUUAAAAACAGAAGUAGAAGAGGUCAAGUGUGAAAGAGACGAACUGAAAGAAAGAGUGAGUGGCUUGAAAACCCAAGCUGCGUGUCUAGAAAUUGAGCUUUCAGAUGCACUUGAGGUGAAACACCAUUUAGAAGAUGAAAUUCUUAGACUAAGAGAGUACUCUUCUGAACUAGAGAGUGCAGCAAAGACCAGCCAGACAGAACUGACGGACAAAUACGACAAACUAGAGUCUGUCUUGUCAUACGUCCUGGAGGAAAACACUAGACUAUCGAAAGAUAUGACAAAUAUCCGAGAGGAGAACAAAAUGCUGAAAGACUUUAGUAUCAAAGAGGUCGCAGACGGUUCAACACAGAUGUCUCCAAAAGCGAUGGAACAUGAAUUACCAAAGAUCACAGACAGCAGGGGAGCGGCCAUUCAGAUCAUCGUUGACAAAUGGGACGAGACACCUCUCAUCAACGUCUCAUCGCCAGGUUAUUACCAUGAUGAACCAAGCGAAACUCCAACACGACUGCCUAACCAAGACGACCGUCCACUGUCGGUUGGAAGAGGGCUCCAGCUUUCUCUACAACCUGGGAGCAUUUCAAGGUACCCGUCUCCAAGCACGCCAGAAAGCAAGCCCCUAUAUACUUCAAGUCCUGAUACGCAAGAACAGAGGAGGGAGCACGUGGAUGUCACGCCAGACAGACAUGAUGAUACCACAAGUAUGGUGCAAGGUAACGAAGAUUUCUCCACCGCCGUCGAGUCUGGCGCUAAAAGAAACAACACAUAUGAGCAAGCUAUACUCUGUAAAAAAUGCGAAAGGGCACCCUGUGAAUGCGCUCAAAAUAACAGUGCUUCUGCUAGACCUACGGCAACAGAUGUGACGAAUACGGAAACAGAGUCCUUCAGUGCCGACCUUUACACAGACAGUUCACUUGCAUCUGUGACUGACCUGGAAGAUUUAAGUUUUACAUCUGACUGGAUGUCCUCUGAAGACGUUCCUUCAGGGAGAAGAAACCCUUCGCCAAAAACAAGUAGAACAAUAACAAAGAUGCAUCGAGAACUCGCUGAUAUCAAAUGCACCAAUUCAAUUCUCGAGAAUGAGGUGUCAAUACUUAAGAAUCGUAACUCGGAUCUUCAAUCUCAAAUGCAGAAGCUUUCAGGGAGAAAUAACUCUUUGAAACAAAAGCUGUGCGAUAAAUCACUAGCGGUCAAAAAGGCAGAGCGAGAGGUUUCCAGUAUUCUGGAGGAAAAGACAAGGCUGGAGAUAAGAAUAAGUUCAGCUAAAGAGGAGGUGGCCAAACUCGAAAAAGACAGAUCCAAGUUCGAAAGAAACUUAUCAAAUAGCAAAACCGAAAAUAAGCGCUUGAAAAAUGAGUUACAUGCCGUAAAAGCGGAGAACUACAAAACAAUGAAAGCGCUAGUAAGCCUGGAAGCCGAGAACAAAAAACUACAGACUGAUCUAGAUGAGUCCAGAGAAGAGCUGAGAAGAACAAAAGAGUUAUUCAUGAACGGGACGCACGAGUCGUUUCCCACAUCACACAAAUCGCUUUCAGAACUCCCCAAUUGGCUAGCAGAAUCACACACUCCUCCUACUGAAACGUCACGCAUGCUGUCCACGUCACACGACGAGCUCGGAGAAUCAAAAACACGUCGCGCAACAAUAUCAUAUUUUGGCGAAAGAGUUACUAGUGACCAAGUGCUGUCAAAACUACGAGAUGACACAACACCGAAUUCAAAAGGACAACUUUCUACAGACGAGAACAUUGGAAAUGAAGGGAACUCCCACUCAUCGAUAGCAAGCGAAGGAGCUACAAGUCCAAGCAAGUCUUCGCUAUCGGACAUGAGUCGUCCUCUGAGCCAGACAUCACUGGUGUCCGAGACUGGACAUUCGUCCGGACAUAUGUCCUACGACAGUGAGAUGAGUUUUCCGGACAGAGACACAAGCUCAAGUGACACAAGCGCAGAGUCACCGGUGAAGGACGAGAAACUGCAAUCUAGCAGCAUAAAAAAGAUGUUUAAAAAAUUGUCCAAAACAAAGAAAACAAAGUUCUCGACAACUUAAAUUUAAUCUUGAUUAUGUAUACAGUAUUUUUUAAUGUCUUUAUAAAUUAUAUUUAUUCGUUCAUUUAAUUCAAAUUCACGUACCUGAUAACAUGCUCCAAGCAUGGUAGAUUCCAAUAAUUUUCCCAAAAAGCUUCUUAAUGCAAAGCCGAAAAUUGACUAUAACACGAAUAAUAAGGCUGUUCACUGUAAAAAAAAUAUCCAUUUAGCUUAAAGUAGAAAACCUAGAUAAUAUCAUAUUAUCAAAAAAUAUAAGCUUUGUUUAAAUUAUUAAAAUAUAUAUUUAUUAAGAAACAAUAAACCAUACAAUGAUUA